GUGCCAUCGAUGGGUGGAAUUUAGAUCCACGAGGUACAGUAUACCCCCUAGCAGUAUGUCUUGUCUCAGGCCGCAAGUAGAUGGCGUCUGACUACACUACAACACAACCAAUACAGCGAGAUAGCUGAGUCACAGAACUAGGUAGGCUACUGUGGAAAAAGCAACAGUACAGAAACGGGUGUGAACACGGUUACAGAAGCACUUGGCAAUUAUCGGGAAUCGUCUUGAAGAUGUUGUCCAUAACGUUGAAGACGCUUCAGCAGCAAACGUUUAACAUCGAAAUAGAUCCAGAACUAACGGUAAAAGCCCUGAAGGAGAAGAUUGAGGUUGAGAAAGGGAAGGUUGGCUAUCCAGCUGCAGGGCAAAAGCUCAUCUAUGCAGGCAAAAUCUUGAAUGAUGACAUACCUUUAAAAGACUACAAAAUUGAUGAGAAAAACUUUGUGGUGGUCAUGGUUACAAAGCCCAAACCUCCAGCUCCUCCACAGAUUUCUCCUCAGGCAACCCCAGCCCCAGCCUCUAGCCCUGCUCCCGCCCCUGCACCUCCUGUUGUUUCUGGGCUGUCCCUGUCAGACAUUACCUGUUCUACUUCUCCUGCCCCCAUGGAGAUCUCAACCCUCUCCCCUACACCCACACCCGCCCCUGCCUCAAACCCCACAAAAUCAGUGGAGCCCUCCACACCCCCAUCCCCUGCACCAGCCCCUGCUUCUAUUCCCCCUGAAGCUCUGGGGGCCAGUGCAGCACCUGCCACAGCAGCAUGCCCCGUCCCUGUCUCACCCUCAGAGGACAAGCCUCACGGGGAGCACCCCGAACUGCCCCUCACCACAGCGCCAGCCCUCUCCUCCUCUAGCCUUGUUGAUGACUUAAGUCUCUUGGAAGAAGCAGCAUCAAUACUGGUGACAGGACAAGCGUAUGAGAAUCUGGUGUCUGAAAUCAUGUCUAUGGGAUAUGAAAGGGAGCAGGUUAUUGCAGCGCUGCGAGCCAGUUACAACAACCCAGACAGAGCCGUGGAGUACCUGCUAAUGGGGAUUCCGUCCGAGGCUGACCUUCCGCCAGUGGAAGCGCUCCAACCCACAGCUCCGGCCAACCUCAAUCCCACUGCCCCAGUUCCUGCCCCAGCCUCUGCUCCAGCCACAGAUAUAGCCCAGCCCCCACAAGCAGCCACCAGCGCAGUGUCUUCAACCCAGCAGCUCCCCUCGUCUGGUGGGCUGACUGGUGUGCUUUCUGGUGGGCUAACUGGUGGGCUAACUGGUGGGCUUACUGGUGGCGGUACUGGGGGUGGGAACCCUCUCGAGUUCCUGAGGAACCAGCCACAAUUCCAGCAGAUGAGACAGAUCAUCCAGAAAAACCCAGCUCUUCUUCCUGCCCUGCUCCAGCAGCUGGGCAGAGAUAACCCCCAGUUGCUGCAGCAAAUUACCCAGCACCAGGAGAGGUUUGUGCAGAUGCUGAACGAGCCUCAAGGAGGAGAGAUGGUAGAGGAGGGAGCUGAGGCCCAGGGGGCGCCACAGACUAACUACAUCCAGGUCACCCCACAAGAGAAGGAGGCCAUCGAGAGGUUAAAAGCCUUGGGAUUUCCAGAGGGACUUGUCAUUCAAGCAUAUUUUGCAUGUGAGAAGAACGAGAAUCUAGCUGCCAAUUUUCUGCUCCAACAAACAUUUGAUGACGAGUGAACGUGCCUGCGUUGGCAUGAAGGGGAAGAAUGGAGGGCUAGAGAAUGAGUAAUAGUGCUCCAGAAUGUGCUUUUGAAGGAAGGAGUGGAAAAGGUUACCCAAAGUGACUGGUCUUCCAGGAUGCUUUUCAUUGGACAAAGACGUGAUGUGUUGUUACUGUGAGCUAGGCCUUCUCCAUUCUGAGUGUUAGAUCUCCGUGGGCUCUCUCUCUCUCUCUCUCUCUCUCUCUCACUGCUGCUAUUACUGCUCCUUGUGCCGUGUCCAUCUAUAGAGUUACAGUGGCAGCUUGCCCUCACCAUAUAUUGCUUUUCAAUCCCUCGCAAAUAAAACCCCAAACAUACAUUAGCUGGUUGAUUCAUAUUUGUUAUGUGAGCCUCAUCUCCUGGGAAAAUAUAAUUGAGUGUCCUGUGAUAAAAUGACAUAACCAGCAAAAUGGCCAUGGAACUCAAGUGUGUUGUUUGUUUUAUAGGCCGAGGCUGCGAAUCCGACAUUUCUCGACCCUCCUUUCUGACAACUAAAGGUCCCGAAGCUUCUGCGCAUGUGUGGGAUUCUUUACUCUACUCACAGUCAGCUCUUCUAAUACAGAACCCCCCUUCACAUUUCUCACUGUCAAUUGUGAAUUCUUAAAAUUUUACCGCUGAAAUGCCCAUGCAGCAUCUGCAUACCAACCUUGUGAUCUCAAUCAGUUUCAUGGGGAUAUGCAUUUAGAUCUUCUUAUACAGUGUUGUUUAGAAAUAUGUACAGUGUUGUUUAGAAAUAGCUUACAGUGUUGUUUAGAAAUAUGUACAGUGUUGUUUAGAAAUAGCUUACAGUGUUGUUUAGAAAUAUUUACAGUGUUGUUUAGAAAUAUGUACAGUGUUGUUUAGAAAUAUUUACAGUGUUGUUUAGAAAUAUUUACAGUGUUGUUUAGAAAUAUGUACAGUGUUUUUUAGAAAUAUUUACAGUGUUGUUUAGAAAUAUGUACAGUGUUUUUUAGAAAUAGCUUACAGUGUUGUUUAGAAAUAUGUACAGUGUUGUUUAGAAAUAUGUACAGUGUUGUUUAGAAAUAGCUUACAGUGUUGUUUAGAAAUAUGUACAGUGUUGUUUAGAAAUAGCUUACAGUGUUGUUUAGAAAUAUUUACAGUGUUGUUUAGAAAUAGCUUACAGUGUUGUUUAGAAAUAUGUACAGUGAUUGAAUUUUAGAGCAGAUGGUGCUUAGUUUCAAUCAAAGCAAAUAUUAUGCCUAGUGGCGCACACUUGUGAUUUGGCCACAUGAGAGAAAAAUCCAACCCUUCCCACAAUCAUCUUAAAAUCUCAUACGAAAUUAGGUUUGUGUUUUUUGUCUUACAGUAACGUUAUACUAUGCUAUUAUAUUCGGUUCUGUUAUGUAGAAUACUGUCAUUAUGUGAUGUUGCAGACAUUGAUUCAGCUUUGAUCUAACUUUAUUAAUAAAGCCCCGUUCACCAGAGCAGAGAGUAGCCUGUUCUCUAUGAGUAGAGCAGAGACUGUACGUAAAGUAGAGAAUUCCGCACACAUGCAAACGCUUCGGGACCUUUAGCUGUUGGGAAGAGGGGUCCAGAAUCCGCAGCCACUCCGUUGUUUUAUUAUUUGUCUCCACAAAGCUUCUUAUUUCUCUCAGCUGAUCAUUACUGUCCAACUUUUCCAAUAUGUUUGUCUUCUUCAGACAAAUGGAACUGGGAUAUUUUGCCAAUGAAGUGUCAUAUUAAUGUUGGAGAGUUGCUUUGUCACUUUAUUUGACUGUUACAAAGGGAACAUUUCUUUGUAAAAGAAAGAUGUUCUGUGAUUGAUUUGUCAUCAUAUUGAAAUGUUAUAACACUGUAAAAUGAGACAUGGUAGGUAAUACUGGAUUUGGUUCCAGAUGUGCCCCGGUGUACUUUCACUGUAAGGUACCAAAUGAUUUUACAAAAGGAAGUUUUAGCCACAUAGUUGUUAUUUUUUUCGAUAUCAUUGCGCAACAGUUGAAGGCUAGUUGAAGCUGAAAGUCAAUUGAGCCAUGUCCCUAAUAUUAUUUUAUAAUAACUUUAAGCAUAUAACAGGAUUCUGUUCUCUCUGGACACUUUUUUGUGUGUGUUUUGAUUGCCCCUGAUCCUUAAUGUAUUAUAUCAAAAGAAAUCAUGCUGCAAGUUUUUUAUCCAUGUAAUUACUCUUUCACGCCUCGUGGUUUGUCUCGUUUUGUUGAAGAGUAAUUGUUUGUUUGUGCAAAGUCAUGUACAGCUUUCAAAGGUCUAUUGUUAGUCAAUAUGUCAUUUGUUUUUACGUAGAUGAGUUUUUAUUUUUCUCUUGUGUGUAGAUGGGAAAGAUUGACCCAGCAGAGUAUCUGACUGUACAUGGAGUUGAUUUCUGCUUUUGAAAAAUGAGGCACUUUAAUGUGAAGACUGUUGCUCUGAGAUAUGUAAGGUUGGUUAAUUGCAUGAGUUUAUAACAGAGGCUCUAGCUGAGCUAUGGCAUGCUGUGGAACCACAGGAGUGAUGAUUUCAGCAUCUAACUUUUAGGUUUUUUUUGUUUUGUUUUCUUUGAAACUACAAUAAAGCAAAAGGGUUUUAGCCUUAAAUGCACCACUUGAAGGUUUAUUUAAGGUUAUUAUUUCAGCGUUAUGUCAAAUAAAUAGCUUUUACAGAG